UCCCUUGUUUCUCUAUUGCAGGCACCACCAUUGCACUUCUUGUUCUAGCUUUGGGAUUUUUGCUGUCAGCUCAGGUUUCACCACAAGUCACUCUUAAUCCUGAAGGCCCUUCAGGACAGAACUCUAGCUGCACAAAAUACAGCUAUUGUAAUGGGUGCAUGCUGGAUCCAAUUUGUGGCUUUUGUUACAAGCUAAACAAGUCAAGUGUUGUGGAGUCCUCCUGUGUUCCUGUUAAUAAGAAAUCUGCAAUAGAGGCUGCUUGGGGCAGAUGCUCAAAUGAGACCAGACUCAAAACGGGGGACACGUUUUGGGCUUACAAUUUCUGCCCUACACCUUACUCUUGGACAGUGCUCCUGGGACUUAUUUUAUACCUGAUUUUCUUUGCACCAGGAAUGGGACCAAUGCCUUGGACAGUAAAUUCUGAAAUAUAUCCCCUUUGGGCUAGAAGUACAGGAAAUGCAUGUUCUUCUGGCGUCAACUGGAUUUUCAAUGUACUGGUGUCACUAACAUUUUUGCACACCGCUGAGUAUCUUACAUACUAUGGAGCAUUCUUCCUGUAUGCAGGAUUUGCUUUUGUGGGACUCAUUUUCAUCUAUGGCUGCCUUCCUGAGACAAAAGGGAAGAAGCUAGAGGAAAUCGAAUGCUUGUUUGAGAACUCGCUGUGUACAUGUGGUAUUUCAGAUACUGAUGAUGGGAGGUAUAUUGAAUAUAUCCGGGUAAAGGGAAGUAAUUAUCAUCUUUCUGACAAUGAUGCUUCUGAUGUGGAGUGAUUUCCAGCUGCUGGUGUAUUUAAUCAUUUAAAAGCCUUGGGUGUGGGGAUGAAGGAGCUGCUCUUGAUGCCCUCACU